AUGUUGAAUGUGAUUACGAUUUAAAUCUUAAAGAUUUCAAUUAUUCACCUUACUAGAUUGAUUCUAAAUGAUGUAUUUUCAUAGAGAGUCCAUGGUAGAUAUGAAAUGAUUUAAUUUUACCUUAUUACACUCAUAUAAAUAUCACAAUUGCUGUUAGUGAUAUUAAUAAGUAAUUAUAACCAUUUAAAGUUGAUAAAUUUUAUAUAAGAACAAAAAGUUUCUAAUUUUUUUUAAAGUCCAAAAAAGCAUUUGUUGAACUAUUUGAUGAUGCAACAACAAAAAAAGUUGAGGAAGAAAUAAUAUUGCCAAAUCAAAAUUAAGUAAUAACACAAUAUUUUCCUCAUUCAUUUGUACUUAAUAAAAUACAUUUCUUUCAUUAUUUGAUAUCAAAAGGAAUUUAUAAUUAAAUAGAUGAUUUAUGUAUGGAGGUGAUGCAAUUUGGAUUUUACAGUCCAAUAUAAAAAGAAAAAAUGGAAUAACAAAAUUGA